AUUUCCGGUUCAGGUUCAGCUAAUCGUAUCAUCGCAAAACUUUAUACUUUUACAAACACGCUGCCGAAGGAGUGCGAAGAAGGCUAAAAAUGAUAGUUUACUGUUCAUUCUAAGACGAAAGAUGGCUCAUAAGAAUUUUCUUAUAUUCAGUCUGGUAUUACUGGUACAUGGAUUAAAACUGACAAACUGCGAAUUCGCUGGAAGUGCUAAAUAUAAGGAACCAGAGGUAUGUCGGGGAUCUUCCGAAGGCUUAAGUGCUAGUGGAGCCAGUGAUGAAAUGCGAUAUAGAAAACUCAAACAGCGAUAUGGAAACUGUACCUAUGUGGAUGGAAAUUUAGAAAUCAAAUUUUUAGAACAGCCUAAUAUUACCUAUGAUUUAAGUUUUUUAUCAAACAUUGAGGAAGUGAGUGGGUAUGUUUUAAUUACCUCUGUGACAGCAAAGUAUUUACCACUCACUAAGUUAAAAAUUAUACGCGGGAAUGAGUUGUUCCACUAUAAGAACAACAGCUACAGUUUAUUUGUGGCCUUGAAUCAUGAUGCAGGUGGAAAACUUGGACUACAGGAACUGUGGUUUACCAAUUUAUCAGAAAUAACAAGAGGUGAUAUUUAUUUUCACAAUAAUGAUCAUCUGUGUUUCCAUGACACCAUUUUAUGGAAGGAUAUUAAGUUUGACCCUAAAUACAGAGUUAAUCAUAAGACAACAAAUACGAAUUCUACAGACAGCAAACAUUGUCCUCCUUGUGCCCCAGAAUGUUUUGAGGAGAAGACAAACAGCCGCCAUUGUUGGGGGAGUGGACCAGACAAGUGUCAGAAGUUGAUCAGAGAGCUUUGUCAUCCAAGUUGUGAUACUGGCUGUUUUGGAGAACAAAUAAACCAGUGCUGUCAUAGCCAGUGCGCUGGAGGAUGUUAUGGUCCAAGGAGUACAGACUGUGUGGCUUGCAAAAACUUCUACAAUGAAGGAAUGUGUGUCAAUGAGUGUCCAAAACCCAAGCAAUAUAAUAGAUUUACCAUGCUGCUAGAAGACAAUCCCGAUGGAAAAUAUGCAUACAAAUCGUUGUGUGUUAAAGAGUGCCCAGAUUAUAUGUUGAAAGAUGAAAUAAAUGCCCUGUGUGUGAGGAAGUGUCCAGCAGAAUUCUACCCAGAAAACAACACAUGUGUACAAUGUCAAGGAAUUUGUCCAAAAAGAUGUGAUGGCCUGAAAGCUGAUGAGUUUCUGUCCAGUCAGAACAUUGACAGAUUUCAAAAUUGCACUGUUAUAGAUGGAAAUCUCAAGAUUGUUCAGACAACAUUUGAUGGGGAUAACUACCAGAAUCUAAAAGGUCUGAAAAGAGAGCAGUUAGAUGUUCUGAAGACUGUGAAGGAGAUAACUGGCUACCUGAUGGUCCAGGGAGGAAACAGCCAAGAAAUGCCAGAUCUCUUCUUUCUCUCUAAUCUCCAAAUAAUUCAUGGUCGUGAACUAGACAUAGCAGGGAAUGCAUUUAGUGCGAUUAUGACAAAACUUAAGUCACUGGAGUUGAUUUCGCUGCAAAGUAUAAAAAAUGGAAAAAUAAGCCUGUAUCGGAAUGAGGAUCUGUGUUUUAUAGAGGGCACUGAUUUUACCCAACUCUUCACUGUGCAAAAAAAUCCAGGUCAAGAAUUCAAUAUCAAAGAAUAUGUACUGACCAGGGAAAAUCGAGACCCUAAAGAUUGCAAACAAGAUAAUCAGGUGUGUCACCAAAGCUGCUCUGAUGAAGGCUGCUGGGGGAAGGGUGCCAACAAGUGCCUGCGGUGUCGCUCCUACAAGAUUGACAACAGUAGUAACAUCUGUAUCGAUCACUGUAAACAGGUCCCCAUGAUGUACGACGCUGGCAACCGCCUGUGUGCCUUCUGUAAUGUGGAGUGUGAGGAUGGCUGUGCCGGAGCUGGACCAGGAAAUUGCACAAAGUGCAAACAUGUCACCAUGAAGCAUCAUGAUAAUACAAGCACCUGUUUGGCACAAUGCCCUGAGAUGUUUUACCCAGAUGCGAAGAAUACCUGUCAUCCAUGUCAUGUUAACUGUGCAGAAGGCUGCACCGGGCCGUCAGACAUGGUAGGAAAUGGAGGCUGUAACACGUGUGCUCUGGCUAUUCAGUUAGAAGAAUUCUCAUUCCGCUGUAUAGCUGACAGUGAAAGUCAGCGGUGUCCACACGAUUACUACCUGUACAAAGUCAGCAAGCAGAUCUCACCCUCUCUUGCUGGCAGCACUGCUUGUUUUAUGUGUGAUGAGAUGUGUGAUGGUUGUCACCAGGGUAGUAACUUUGACUGUAUUAAGUGCAAAUAUGUCAAGCAAGAUGGUGCCUGCCGAAAAUCAUGCAUUAACAUGUUCUAUCCAAACGAAGACCAGGAGUGCGAGCAAUGCCAUGAGGAAUGCCGAGGGGGCUGCUAUGGUCCCUCACAAACUGAAUGCCAAGCCUGCAACAACUUCAAGGUUUACUUGGAUAAGGAGUCCUGGAAGGGGAAGAAAGAGAACUGCACUGACCCGGACCAUAUCUGUCGCCAGUUUAAUUGUACAAAGUCAUGUCCUGCAGACUUACCGUAUGUAGAAAAGGAUGACAUGGCUGAAGAGGAAACCACCACUCUGUGUGUUGAUAACACACAUCCAGUGGUUGCAAAGAGAAAUGCAGAUGGCCUAGCCAAGAAACAUGCAGAAGAUGCAGAAAGGACAAAGAUCAUUGUGGCCUCUACAGUGGGUGGUAUUAUUGUUCUGGCGGGGGCUCUGGUUCUUUUUGGAUAUUGUUGGUGCCAGAGAGCUAAAUCACAAGAGAAGACUGCCAUACUUACAGCCAAGAUGACUGGAUAUGAUGAUGAGCAGCCUCUCACCCCAACCAAUGCCAAACCAGACAUGUCCAGUAUCCGGCUUAUAAAACAAUCAGAGUUACGCAGGGGUGGAAUAAUAGGAUCAGGGGCUUUUGGUACUGUGUAUAAGGGCUUUUGGAUUCCCCAAGAUGAGAACGUGAAGAUUCCUGUAGCCAUUAAAGUCCUGUCAGACAGCACGUCACCGAGCCAGAAUAAGGAACUGUUGGAGGAGGCCCGAGUGAUGGCAUCCGUGGAACAUCCGUGUUGUAUCCGGAUUCUGGCUGUAUGCAUGACUGCUCAGAUGAUGCUCAUUACACAGUUAAUGCCACUAGGCUGUCUCCUAGACUAUGUCAGGAAACACAAAGACAAUAUUGGCUCUAAGGUCCUUCUCAACUGGUGUACACAAAUUGCAAAGGGUAUGUCUUAUCUGGAGGAGAGGGGCAUUGUCCACAGAGACCUGGCGGCUAGGAAUGUUUUAGUGCAGAGUCCCGGCCAGAUCAAGAUUACAGACUUUGGACUGGCCAAACUACUGGACAUCAAUGAAGACGAGUAUCACGCAGCGGGAGGAAAGAUGCCCAUCAAAUGGUUAGCCUUGGAGUGUAUUCAGCAGAGGAUAUUUACACAUAAAAGUGAUGUGUGGAGUUUUGGAGUGACUGUCUGGGAACUUUUUACCUACGGACAGCGGCCGUACGAAAAUGUGAGAGCCAGGGAUGUCCCCGAUUUACUGGAGAAAGGGGAGCGACUCCCACAACCGUCAAUAUGUACCAUAGAUGUCUAUAUGAUCAUGAUUAAAUGUUGGAUGUUAGAUGCUGAUAGCCGUCCUUCAUUCUUUGAGUUAACAGAAGAGUUUGCAAAAAUGGCAAGAGACCCUGGUCGUUACUUAGUUAUUUCAGGAGAUGUUUUGAAGAAAAUCCCAGAGGACUCAAAUACGCCCUCACAGAUCGAGCUAAUCACGCCCGAUACGUCCAACAAUCCGAGAGAGGAGGGUGAUAAGUUAAUGCGGCUUCCAAGUCAUUCAUACGAUAAGAAUGACUUGGCUCGCAGCCUGAGUGUGGCCGUGGAUGGGCCAGAGGAGGUGAUAGAAGCAGACGACUACCUACAGCCCACCCCCAGGGCCUCAGUGGAGAUCCCCACCACACCUGUCUCAUCAAAGACUCCAUUACUGCCAUAUGAUGCAUCCAUACCACCACCACAAAGCCUGGCACUCAAAGAAAUCCGUGCACCAGCUCGCAGAGAAAAGCGUUAUGGUCACCUGGAAUCCGCAGCCAAAGCUCGAGACCAGCGGGCACAAGAUCCAUCAAGGAUUCGGGGUGACAGUGUCAAUUCACGCUAUAGCUCUGAUCCAGUCAAAGUGCUUCACACUGAUGAGAUAGAUACUGGACUUAAACGACCACUUAGGAAUGGUUCUGUAGGCAGACAAGGUAUCCCCAAUCACUUUGUGAAACACACCCCAGACCUCAAGUUGCAGUUACCACUGGAUGAAGACGAUUAUCUUCAGCCAAAGUCUUCCAAACCUAGGGCAUAUGCAGAUCUGAUAGAUGGACAAGAUUACUUAAAUGACAGUUCAGGGUCCGUUUUUCUGGAUGAUCAUUUGGAUCAUAAUGGCCAUGGCCAGCCGGGUCUCAACUUUCAAAACCCCGAAUAUUUUGAUGAACCUAAUUUAAAUGUGCCAAAAAAGCAAUUAGCAAAUAAAAGUUACUAUAACGACAUUUCUGCUGUGAAUGGUGAAAGUGCAGAACACGAACCUCUGGUGCUUAGCGAGGACUGGAAAUCAGAAACAACUGUCUAGUGCUUUAGUAGCAACACUUUGGGUUGCCAUAGAAGAGAGUCCAGCUUUAAACUGCCAUAUAUUUAUAAUAACCAGUGUACUGGUUGUGUUCUGUGAUGGGGAAAUAUCCCAAGUCUUCUACAAACUGACCCACCAUAAUGAGCAAUAAUAUGCAUUUAAGCAUGUAAUCAUUUUAUUGUGAUUAAGGGAUUAAGGCUUAGCUGGGGACAGAGACAUGUGGAAAGUGUUUCAGUACACCGAUCAAAUGCUCAAAUUCUGUCGCCCAGCGGAUAGUGCUGCUUCAUAGUGCACAGUGACAUAGACUGCAUAACACAGCAGAAUGUAGUGUGGAGAAUGGACAAAGAAAUCCAUUGAAGUGUCAGUCUACAAAACAGGGACAGGGAGAAUCGAUGGUCUGGACAGCCAUCAGUUGUUAUCUAUGCAGAACUAAGAAGAAGGCAGGACAUGUUAAUAUUGUUUUUUGUUGGACAUUCUGUUGUUUUGUUAUAUACAGCUUCCGUCUAGCUUUAAUAACAAAUUAUUGCACAGGAUCUUCAUAUAUAUAUAUUUAUAUGCUGUUAUCAUUCGUGACUGUUUAUGUAUACCAUGUUUGUCAUUUAUUGAAAAUUUAGGUUGUUCUUCCUCAACAUUUGUUGCACAAGUUGUUUUUCAAAGCUCUAUGUAUAAGAAUAUUGCUGAUGUUUUCCCUUCCAUACGAACAACUCUAAGCAUUUUUUUAAAAAAUUGAUACAAUAUGUAUUAUAGUACAGAAAUUAAUAUUGGUAACAUCAGGGACCUAUAUACUAACGGGAUAGGCAACUCCUUCAUCGCCAUGUUUAUUUACCCAAAACAUCACGCACAACACUACAAGUUUUUCAAACUCCGUUUAUUCCCAGUAAACAGGGUAUUUUCUGAUUAAUAUCAUUUAUUCCUUUUAUGUAUAGGAAUUGAUUUAUUGAUAAAUAUGUAAGCAUGAUAAUAAUAUAAUUAAAAUAUAAAGAAAACAAUAACCGAAAUCGGCGAUUUCUCGGAAAUUUGGCCGAUCGGGGCAUGUGCUAAUUUUGCACAAAACAAAAUUAUUACGAAGAUAAGGAGUAUCAUACGUUCUAAAAACAAAUCUUGAAUGAUUUUUUGACAGAUAAUUUAAGGAUUUUAUCUCAAAUAUGCGAUAGCUUUAGAGAUAUGAUUAAUUAAAGUUGACUUACGAAAUCCCGCGACUUGCGAGAUAUCGCGAGACUUGCGGUAGUUGCCUAUCCCGUUAGUAUAUAGGUCCCUGGUAACAUUGUUAACAUAGAUAUAAAUUCAAUUUUUUACUUCACUUGGAAAGUGAAUAUGGUGUAAAUUUUGAAUUGCACAGUGUGAUGCUUUUAAAAUUUUAACACAUGGUUCAAAGAACUGUAAAUAACUACUGAUUGCAAAUGAUAUUUGCUGUUAUGUAAAAUUUGUACAACUGAUUAAGAUUUCUUCUGCAUAUCCUACUUUUAAACAGUAAAUAUUAUACAUGCAUUGAUAGAUCCUAUAUACCAUCUUUAUACAUGGGAGUGACCAAGAUUACCAAACUGCUUAUAAGAUGCUGUGUCUUCAAACCAAAGCCCGUCAUAAACUUACCAACACUUUUGACUUUACCUGCAGUUUUUGCAGACAUACCAAAUACUCAGUACUUACAUGUACUUACAUCGUACCAGUAGAUUAGACAUAAUCAGAUGCUUCCUAUCAUUUAGUCAAUAGAAAAUAUUUUUUGUUCACACCUCAUAAAGAGUUCAUGUUCAUCUUCCAGUUGUAUUCAUGGCACCUAGCUCUAACAUUUGUUUGUGACUGGCAAGAGCUAUUCUGCAUACUUCGUGCCUGCGGUUUUAUCUAGUCACUUAUUUUUACGAGGCACCCUCUUAAUGUUCUCCUAGUGUUCAUAUAACUGUACUGCACUAUCUGAAAUUCUGGAAGGGUUUUCAUGUAUUUCAAUUUAAUUUUUUAAAGCCAAUUUUAAAAUUUUCACUUACAAGGUGGGUUUAAAUCAAGUUUUACCACAUUGUAAAUGAAUAUAAAUAUCAAGAUUAAAUUUAAUGCUUCAAAUUAAAUAUCCAAAUCAAUUAGAAUAAAAUACUUCAAUGAUUUAAUUAUAUUACUAGUGAAUAUAUACCCGGUAUAUGAAAGAUUUUUGUAGCUGUAAAGAUUGUGUCAUGUGACAUAGUGUACAUAAUAAUAUUUUGAUUAAUGACUGUGCACUGAACAGGGAAUUUUAAGUGCAAAAAGUUUUAUUUUAAUUAUCUCUGGUGAGAUUUUUUUUUUUCAAAGAUGAACUCAAAUGAAAUGUAUUUUCCAUGUAUGUUCUCUUUAGGUUGAUUUCUCUGUUAAUCAUAUUGAAUUGAAUUCGUGUACUUUGAUGGAAUUUGUGAUUGGGGGAUGGGGGUGGGGUUAAUAAUUUUAUUGAUACUUUUUAAUUGGUGCCUUAAAAAAUACAUGGAAUGAAACAAUUCACGAUACUGCUUUUAGAUUUGGAAACUUUUUAAUUUUCUCAUUUGUUUUAUUUACAAACAAGCAGGCUGCUGUCAUUUUCACAGUUUUAUAGUUUAUCACUGUUCCUUACAUUAUCAUUUACUUUGUUUUGUGUAAAAAUUGUUAUACACCAAAUCAGUGAAAUUCAUAUCAUUUUUACAACUUUUUGGGUUUUCUUUUAUGAAGUCUUAUGUUUUGCUUAAAUACGGGAUUUUAUUUUAUUUGUAUUCUUUUAUUUUCAUGUGAUAGAUUUUUUAAACAAUAUUAUAUGGUAAUUGAAAUUUGAUGUUUCCCACAUGGAUACCAUUCUUUCGUAUGUAAUUAAUACAACAUGAUUAAAUUAAGAAUUCUUCUUAUGAAAUGUUGAGGUAUUUUCAAGUUCAUAAAUUAAAAAAAUUACUUGCUAUGCGAAGUAUGAAAGCCAGUAAUGAUUACAUAGUAAUAUAGAUGGAACUUUAUGUCACUGAACACUUCUGUUUUCUUGAUUUUGUUAAGCUGAAAACACACUCUUCUCAUUAUAGUAUAAAUUACUAUCACUAGAUUUAUUUUAAGAUAUUGAGUUGAUCUACAUUGUUGCAAUAAGUUUAUAGAUACAGAGAAUCAUUCAUUUAAUUUGCAUAUCAUUUACAUUAUAAAGUAUUAUCUUCUUGUAAGGCCACCAAUAAUUGCUAUGCUGAUUAUGUUUUUUGAUGAUGAUAAUUUUGUUUUUUAUGUUCAUCAAACAUGUUUUAGUGAUAUAAGCAGGAAAAACUGCAUGUCUUUUUUUUUUAUCAUUGCAUUAGUAACUUAAAUUGCUUCAUGUAAUUUCAUGCAGGAUCAAUGUGAAUCUUGAGAGAAAUACAUGUAUUAUUAAAAGGAUAUACAAAUUUA